GUCAUUAUGGAGAAGUGAAUCAAGCCAGACCAACCCAAUGUACUUGCCACUGAACAAAGAGAUGGUGAUGUAUUAAAUUAUGAUAGUACAAAAAGUGACCCAUUAUUAGCCUUAGAGAGACACUUGAUGGAAAAUAAGUAGCAUUCUUGACUAUGACUUGGCGCAUCAUCCUUAUUUUAAGUGCUGGAUUUGGGUCAUCAGUCCCUAUUUUAGGAAAUGCAAAUGUUUGUUACCACUUUGCGCCCUUCCCUGAGUGGGACGUCAUUUCGGAUGUCGAAACAGACUUUUUUUUUUUUUACUUUUUUGUUUGUUUCCUUGUAUUUUAAAUAUGGCAGGCAAAGCAGCAAAAUCGAGUAUACCCACACCUUCUGCCAAUAAAGAUUUGAGCUGUCUUCGCUGCAGAAAGAAGAAAGCAAAAUGUUCCAAGACACGACCCACCUGUACUCGUUGUUCUCGGUCUAAUCAGCCUUGUGAAUACCCUGAUGCACCUCCUAAUCUUACCGACUUGUCACAAAAGGUACUGACACUUUACGAUACCUUGCGAGAAUUAGAAGGCGAGUUUCUUGUGAAAUACAUGCAGACCGAUGAAGAUGAACAUAUUAAACUAGAGCCAGUAGAGGAACCAAUCAUGAUGGAACCGAUCAAGAUCGAGACGGAAGAGCCCACAGGUUGGUCCAUGUCGCUAACACCCACCGGUCUCUCUAUUCAUGCCGUUACUCGAAACUUUACUGAAUUUAACGAAUUUGCUAAAACUAUUUCUCGUCAAGCCAUGCGAGACUUUGGACCUGCUUACUUGCCUUCUUCUUGGGAUCCUGAUGCAGAAGGAUAUUUUCAAGAAGACUCAGAUACAGAGGAAUUGGAUGAAGAUGAAUAUCUGGUGACUGUACCUGUAUUCUCUACCUCUUCUCUAUUACACCAAACAACAGAAGAAGUAGACAAAGUUAGCUAUGUAGAGACGGAAAUAGAAUCACAAAUACCAGGAAUGCUGAGACACCUAACAAGCCAAUAUGAAUGUUUAGAGACAUGCGAUACAUCUCAUCAUGUCGUCAUGUUAUUACAGUUAUUACGGCCCUAUUUACCAAGUGAUAGUGAAGGUAUCGAUAGUCUGUCGCGUAUAUGUGUGUUAACAGGGUAUGCGAUCUCUACAAAAGAGUUCCAUUCCAAGGAACUGGAUAUGAAGCGGUGGGAGCCCUGUGCUGAGUAUGCACGGGUUCUUUUCAUGGAAGAGCUAUUGAAAGGAGAGAUAGAAUGGGGAUUUCCAGUAGUUAUAUGUGGCAUUUUACUAGGGUGGAUAGGAGCAGAAACAAGGAGGAAUGACAAGCUGAUUCUGAUGUCUAUGCGAGUAUUAUGUGGCAGUGAUAGAAAAGAAGGCGAAAGAUGGGAUGUGUUGAUGGCAAGUUUAGUGUAUUUAGAUGUUUACUCCGCCACUUUUGGGUUUAAACGAGCACAAAUGAGUGAUGAGAUUACGAAAAAUGCAAUGGGAAAGGAAGCUAGUUUUAGGACAAGCGUGAUAUUACUGGAGGGAAAAUUGAUGUGGCUAUUAAAUAAAGUGGUGCGAUUAUUUUAUCAGGUGGAAGAAACGCAAGGAGAGACGCGAAAGAUUGACGUGGAUGAAGUGUUAACGCUGGUGAGGGACAUUGAAAUAUGGGAACAAGAUUUGCCAGAAUGGGCCAAGUGGAAUGCGGAAACAGAGACGAUUAGAACGAGGAGUAAAUUACACAUGCAUAUGAUUCAUAAUACAGUGAAAAUUCUAUUAUUUCACAUGUCCAUGAGCUCGGCAGACAGACUUGUGAGUUGUAUUGUUUAUUUGAAAAAAGCAGGCUUUUGGAUAAAAUCAGCAAAAGAUUUGAUUUUGGAUGUUUCUGAACGAGUUCUGCGCAUGUUUGACAAUGAUCAAGCUAUUGUCGAUCAGUUAGAAAAAAUUCAAUCUCGCCUAAUUUAUGAGGAUUCCCAAAUAAAAAAAGGAAAAAAUUCCAACUAAAUUAAGACAUUUUGGAAAAAAAAAGUACGUCUCCUGGAACAAUUUUAAUUGGAUAACGAGGAUUUCUAUUAAUUUUUUUUUUUUUUUAUGAUGGGGGGAAGUCAACAAUCUUUUUUAUUCCUUUUUUUCUAUUCCUUUUCUUUACCGUUAUCAAUUCCCAUGGAUACAGGCACAACAAAUCAUACUGAAGGCACAUUAAAGAAACGACCUUUACCUUCAUUUGUAAAGAAACUAUGGUUCAUCCUAGGUGAUGUUCCAUCCCACGAGCACAUAUUUUGGGUGGAUCACGGUCAAGUUAUUUGCGUGCCAAAUGCUUCCGCAUUCUCCAAAAUCAUCUUACCCAGGUUUUUUAAACACA